CUUGCCAAUUGGCAAUUGGCAAGCGAAGCAUCAGUUCGCAAUGCGUUGGCCGUGGAAACAGUCGCUCUGCCUGACCAAAAGGUCCACAGUUAAUUCCUCAGGUCGUCAGACACAGAGACAGACGACAGUGAACACCAUUUACGAUCCCGCCUGCGCCGAGAAGGAGAAGUACACCUCGAAGGAUGGCGAAGAUGGUUACUACCCAGCGACCACGACUGUCGAGCUGGACAUGCAGAGCAGAUACAGUCCGCCCAAGGAGGCGCAUUGGCUGGUGCGUCGCAUCUUCUUCCUCAACUGGAUUGUUACCUACGAUCGUCCGCAAGCCUUUGCCGAUCUCAUCGCUGGCAUCACGUUGGGUCUGACCAUAAUACCUCAAAGCAUUGCUUACGCUGCGCUCGCUGGCCUCUCCUCGGAGUACGGACUGUACUCGGCAUUCAUUGGCUCGAUCAUCUACGUCUUCUUCGGCACCAUUCCCCAGGUCUCCAUAGGACCCACGAGUCUCAUGGCCAUCAUGACGCUGCAGUACUGCGAAGGCAAACCCGUUCAGAUGGUCAUCGUGCUGGCCUUCAUGGCCGGACUUGUCGAGUUCUUCAUGGGCGUCUGCCAGUUGGGAUUCAUUGUUAGCUUCAUUCCCGCUCCGGUGACGAAGGCUUUUACCUCGGGCACCGCUGUGAUUGUGGUGCUGGUGCAGAUCAAGAAUCUGCUUGGCAUUCGCCUCAAGGAAGUGCCUUCGAUCGGGGAUUUCUUCAGCGCCAUUCGCUACAGUGAUGCCACCAUGGGCUUCAUCUGCCUCGUGCUCCUGCUCUCCCUGCGGAUGCUGUCGCAGGUCAAGUUCAAGCAGGACACGCCGUUCACACAGCGCUUGAAGAAGAUCCUUUGGUACAUUAGCAUCUCUCGCAAUGCGCUCGUCGUCUUCUUCAGCGGCCUGCUCGUUUACAUUUGGGUGCACAAGAGCUCGCUGGAAGCCGUGCCCUUUGUCCUCUCCGCCAAAGUCUCUUCGGCCAUGCCCACCGUCAAGUUGCCGCCCUUCGCUUUCGAGUCACAGAAUCGCACUUACGUCUUCACGGACAUUCUCCAGGAGCUGGGCAGCGGCGUCAUUGUUGUGCCAAUUGUCGCUGUGCUGGCCAACGUGGCCAUUGCCAAGGCCUUCGUGAAGGAUGGCAAGCUGGACGCUUCUCAGGAGAUGCUUACGCUUGGCCUCUGUAAUCUGGCGGGUUCCUUCAUGAGUGCGAUGCCUACAUGUGGUGCCUUCACUCGCUCUGCUGUUAGCCAAGCGUCAGGAGUGCGCACUCCCAUGGCAGGACUCUACACGGGUUUGAUUGUCCUCUCCGCUUUGUCCGUGCUGACGCCUUACUUCCAGUACAUUCCCCGUUCCUCCUUGGCUGCUGUGCUCAUGGCAGCAGUGUUCUUUAUGAUUGAUUUGACGCCUCUCAAGGAUUUGUGGGAGUCGAGCAAAAAGGACUUCUUCAGCUGGGUGGGCACCUUGAUCAUUUGCCUUGUGGCUGGCGUGGAGAUGGGUCUGCUCUUUGGCAUUGUGGUUAGCAUGAUUUGCAUUCUGCUGCGCCUCGGCAAUCCCAAGAUCGAAGUGUCGCUCAAACAGCAAGGAAACAACUAUUACAUUCAUGUGGUGCCUCAGUCGGAUAUCUUCUACACCGGAGUCGAUACUCUGCGAACGGAGAUUCGAUCCACUUGUCUGCUCUAUCGCUGCGACUUUCCCGUUGUGCUGCACUGUGGACGCUUCAUGCAGUUCGAUGCCACCUUCGUGGAGAUGCUGAUGGCUGUGGCCAAAGAAUUGGCUGUGGAUGAUGUCUUGUUGGUUCUACAGAGCAUGAGCCUGAAGCAGCAGCAAAUGUUGCCUGUGGCAAGCAACAUUCGAUUCAGCAACGAAGAUCAAGACUCGCUGCACCUCGAGGUCAAGCAGUAAAAGCAAAAAGUGCCUUAACUCUCUCUCGCUUCCCUUUUUCUGGUUGUAACUAGUCUAUUUCCGCUUAUCGCGUGCGCGUGCUGAUCUUACGAAUAUAUGACGACCGUCAUAUCUAUAGCUACGUAUUACGUGUAGUUUAUUUAGUCAACCUCCGGUGUUUAUCACAGCAGUAGGCGCUAAGUAAAUAGAGCCGCAGCUUAAUUGCGUUCUAUUACUUUACUGCAUUCUAUUUAAAUAUUAAGUAUACGUAGAACGUUUAUGCUUACGCAGAUGUGCGCAAUAAAGAUAGAGUAUAAGAUG